UGCACAACCAGGGAAGAAUGAUUAAUAAUUUCUUUUUUUUUAUGUUUUAUUGUGCUUUAGGUGACAUUUUACAGCGCAAAUUAUUUCUCAUUUAAAAAUUUAUACAUAAAUUGUUUUCCAUUGAGGAAACUAUGUGAAGGGUAUAUGUCAUGUCUCUGUUAUUUCAUAUACGUGCAUGUGAAUUUAUGAUAAUCUCAGAGUAAAAAAGUUUAGACGAAUCAUUCAUGACAAAAAAGCCUAUACAAAUAAAUUUUUUCUUUGGCUUUUCUUUUACCAGGCAAUGUUCUAAGCAUGUCGGAUAAAGAUGAUACUGAGACUCCAGUAAUAACUGAAGUAACCCCCAUUCUCAAGGAUGGGAACUGUGAGCCAGCAAAGAGUUCUGAGUCUGUUAACCAAAGCACCAAGCCAGAGAGUAAAUCAGGACCUGUAGCUUCCACUCGGAAAAGGCCAGAGGCCAGAUCUUCCAAUGACUGUGAGACUGCAGAAGUUCUCCCUGUUCAGGCAUCACAGGCUGCAGGCAAAGAGCCUGUUUCCAAAGAGGUACCUCAGACUGGAUGGGGCUAUUGGGGCAGCUGGGGCAAGUCCCUUCUCUCCUCAGCCUCAGCUACAGUAGCCACAGUAGGACAAGGUAUUUCAAAUGUCAUUGAGAAGGCAGAGACUUCCUUUGGAAUCCCAAGUCCCAGUGAAAUUUCGGCUCAAGUCCACUAUGCGUCAGGAGAGAAGAAUGCCGAAGAGGCUGGAUCUUUUGGUUUAUUCUCGACCAUCUCUACUGCUGUUCAGAGCACAGGAAAGAGUGUUAUCAGUGGGGGUUUGGAUGCCUUAGAAUUCAUUGGGAAAAAGACAAUGGAUGUAAUAGCAGAAGGAGAUCCUGGAUUUAAAAAAACCAAGGGUCUGAUGAACCGGAAUUCUACACUGUCUCAGGUUUUACGAGAGGCGAAAGAGAAAGAAGAGCUGUGGACCUGCAAUGAGGUUACCGUGGAAACGGACAAGAAAACUCAUUAUGGGCUACUCUUUGAUGAAUUUCAAGGCCUUUCUCAUCUAGAGGCUCUGGAGAUGCUUUCCCGAGAAAGUGAAAUAAAGGUGAAGUCUAUUCUUAAUUCUCUGAGUGGAGAAGAAUUGGAGACUCUAAAACUUGAAUUGGAGCAACUAAAAGAAGUAUUUUCCCUAGCAGAGUUCACUGAGGAGGAAGAAGAGGAGAAAAAAGGGGAUGAAGACUUUACCAAAGAAAUUACAGAGCUGUUUUCCCAGCUGCACGUCUCCUCCAAACCAGAGAAACUGGCCAGAGCAAGAAGUACUGCCUACGAAUGGAUCGCGACAUCUCUGACCAAGCCAUUAGCAGAGAAAGAAGACGGGGAAAAAUGUUUGGAAGUGGAAAGUACUGAGCAAGCCAAUAAAAAUUCAGUAGAGGAUAUCCAUUCAUUUGCAAUCCGGAGUCUAGCAGAACUGACUGCCUGCUCAAUCGAACUGUUCCACAAAACAGCAGCAUUGGUUCUGCAUGGUCAGAAGCAGGAAGUGACAGCCAUAGAAAGGAGCAGAACCCUUUCUCAGGUAACAGUUGUGUUGUGUAAAGAGUUGUCCGCCCUGUCUAAAGAAUUCACCACCUGCCUAACAACUGCUGGGGUAGAUAGCUAGAAGUGGUAUUGCUGUGUCAUGAAGGUCAUUGAGAAACUGCUAGACUGUUUUCCAAGUGGCUGCACCAUUUCACAUUCUCACCAGCUAUGUAUGAUGGUUCUAAUUUCUCCAGUUCUCACCAACGCUUGUUUUGUCUCUCUCUGUUAUUUUAGCCAUCCUAAGUGAGUAUGAAGUAGUAUCUUACUGUGGUUUUGAUUUGCAUUUCCCUUGCUGUGAGUUGGAAUUGACUCGACUGCACUGGGUUUCAGGUUUUUAUGACUGAUGAUGCUGAGCAGCUUUUGUAUUUCACUAAUCACUGAUGGUGAUGUGCUAAUGCCCAUUUGUGUAUCUUCUUUGAAGAGAUGUCUAGUCAAAUCCUUUGCCCAUUUUUUAAUUUAUUAUUUUUAAAAAUUAUUUAAAAUGUUAAAAUCUUUGAGGUGUAAGGGUUUUUUAUAUAUUCUGGAUACAAGUUUGUUAAAAAUAUAUGAUGUGCACGUAUUGUCUGCAGUCUGUAGGUUAUCCUUCACUUUCUUGAUAGUGUUCUUUACUACAAAAAAGUUUUAAAUUUUGACCAAGUCAACUUGUCAGUAUUCUCUUUUAUCACUUGUGUUUUUGGCAUUGUAUCUAAGAAAUCAUUGUCUAAUCCAAGAUCAUGCAGAUUUAUUCCUACGUUUUCUGAGAGUUUUGUAGUUUUACCUGUUACAUUUAUGUUUACGAUCCAUUUUGACUUAAUAUUGUGUUAUGGUGUGAGGUAGAGGUCCAACUGCACACUUUUACAUGUGGCUAUUUAGAUGUCCCAGCACCAUUUGUUGAAAAAGACUAUUCGUUCACUAUUAAUUGUCUUGGCCCCUUUUUUCGAAAAUCAGUUGACCAUAGAUACACAGAUUUAUUUCUGGACUCUCAUUUCUGUGCUUUUAAUCUGUAUGUCCUUAUGCCAGUAUCAUACUGUCUUAAUUACUGUCGCUUUGUAGUAAGUUUUGAAAUCAGGAAGUGUGUGAGUCCUCCAACUUUGUUCUUUUUUCAAGAUCGUUUUGCCUGUUUAAGGUUCUGUGAGUUUCCUGUGAACUUUAGGAUCAGCUUGUCUAUGUCUAAAUGAUAUUUGCAACUCAUUUUUGUUCUUUUUUUAAUGAAGUAUAUACUGUACUUUGUGCUGCCCUGUAAGACCUGUGCUGGAAAUAUAGACAUUGAUAAAAACCCUUUUAAAGAGUAGCUCCUUACUGCCAGUAGGAGAGCUAUAGUUAAUGCUAAAGAUUUUUUUUUUUAAUGGAGUUGCAAUAAUUUACUGCAGGUGUAUGAACUAUGGAAGAUGGUUGAGAAACUAGUAAUCAUGUAUUAGAAUAAAAUCAAGGACAUUUUGAACAAGCAAAUGAAAAUCACUUUGUAGUAGGUGUAUCUGUGCCAGUGCAGUGAUAGUUUUUCUGGCCCUUAAAUUUGUUUUAAUUAAGACCAUGGCCCAAAUUAAUCUUUCUUACUUUGAGUUUAGCUUAUUCCUGUGAUUAUUAGUUUAGAUUAUUCCUAUGAUACA